AUGGUGUUGGGCUAUGGGUGUGGGCGGCGCGCGCUGCAACUGGCGGCGCUGGCUGCUUGCAUCGUGGUGGGUGCGCUGGCGCCAGAGCGGCUGGAGCCAUGUUCUGGAAGCCCCCUGUGUUCCUGCCGAGCGGCCCACAUGUCCUGCACCGCUGUACCCUUGCACAGGUUUCCAGAAUGGCCGCGAAUAGAACUGCACCAUCUAGAUAUAAGUAUGUCAAAUUUAGAGAUCAUAACUGAGAGUGCAUUGGACGGAUUGCAUUUACAGACUUUAGUUUUAGUCGCAAAUAAGCUGCAUUACAUCGAAACGCACGCGUUGAGUUCUAUGGCAAGUUCCUUGGCCUCUUUAGACCUUGGAUACAACGAAUUUACAGAAAUACCAGAGCUAGGCUUAAACGAUUUGAGGGUAUUAAAUUGGUUAAAUUUACAAAACAAUUUAAUUACACGUGUCGAACCAGAAAUAAGAUGGCACUAUUUAGAAGAUACCCUAACUAGUUUAUCAUUAAGCAACAAUCAAAUAUCGCAUUUGAAAUCUGAUGCUUUAUCUUCCCUCGGUCACCUGUUGCAGCUAGAUUUGGAAGGCAAUUACUUACGUAGUAUCAGUUAUGACUCCUUACCUCCAUCCCUUACCGUUCUAAAGUUAUCUAAUAACUUCUUACACGACCUCCCCUGUGAUCUAAUCUUUAAUCUCCCUAGAAUACAAAUAGUACACGCGAGACAUAAUCUCGUUAGCUUUCAUACGAAUGACACAUGCUCACAUAAUAAGUCAAAGAGAUUGGAAAAAUUAGAUCUAAGCAAUAAUAAACUGAACGCGGACGUAGAAAUCCUACUAUUCCGAGAGGUUCAAAUAAGACAAAUUAUUUUAGACCUAAACGAUCUGGUCACGAUCCCGAAGUCGUUAUACACGAACAAUCGAAUAGAACGCCUGUCAAUAUCGUACAACAAACUGACGUCAGUGGCGCGCGAUGUAUUUAUAUCGUUAAAGAACUCGCUCGAACAUUUAGAAAUAGAACACAACAAAUUGUCCUAUUUGCCGGAGAGUCUAGUGCAGGUUUUGCGCUUACGACAUUUAUCUUUAGCUUACAAUGAAUUAGAGGAACCGCCUCCUCUGCCCAGCCGUAUACAAACGCUCUCGCUAGCCGGAAACUUCCUAACUUCUGUGCCCUCUACGCUCCAAGCGCUCGAGCCGGGGUCCAUUCGUUAUCUUGACCUUAGCUACAAUAAGAUAUCUAAUUUGCUGCCAAAUGAAUUCCGAGAAUGGUCGACUUCCUUGGGGACUAUAAACUUGAAGGGUAAUAGGAUUGCGCAGAUAAAUAAUAAUGUGUUUCCGGUGAGCUUACCGGUCAAAGAAAUCAAUUUGAGUUUUAACGAUUUAUAUUACGUGCAUCCACAGGCGUUUUCUAAUUUAACUGGCUCUCUGCACGUUCUCGAAUCGUCUUCGACGCUCUUUAGUGGUUAUUUUCCGAUGGAAAUUGACGACGGAUUUGAAAAUCUCAAUUGGCUCUCGUUCGACAAUAACGAUUUUCAUAUUCUUAAAAUAACCGAGCUUGCGGCCUACCCGUAUCUGAAAUACUUAAAUUUGGAUUAUAAUAGAAUUGUAGAAAUAGCUGUAGAUGAACAUUCUAGUAAUGUGUCGUUGCCCCUCACUAAUAUACGAUUGUCGUAUAAUUUUUUAAGUUAUAUUAACAGGUAUUCUUUUAGCCAAAGCCCCGAACUGGCGAACUUGGAUUUAUCUUUUAACAGAAUCGGCAACUUGACAAAGUAUACCUUUUCAAAUCUACCAAAUUUACGGUAUUUAUCUCUCGCGAGCAACAUAAUCGACUCGAUGGAAACAAAGACGUUCGCUAAUUUACCCAAACUGGAGAUACUGGAGCUUCAGCGUAACAACUUAAGUUAUUUGUAUCUGAACUCGUUACAUAACGUCUCCAACGAACACAUAACUUUUACUGUAAACGUAAGCAGAAAUAUUCUAAGAUUUAUAGAAGGAGAUGUCCCGAUUUCCAUUCAUAUUUUUGAUGGCUCCUACAAUGAUUUUUACGAAGUGCCAACAAAUUUUUUUAUCGCUGUAGAAUUUACAAUAAGACAAGUUAUACUGUCGCAUAACAAGAUAGCUCAUAUAGUAAAUGAAGCGUUCGGUCAAUCCACGUUUUUAGAAAUAUUGGACUUACAUAAAAAUAGUAUUAGUGUUAUAAAGCGAAAAUCAUUCUCCGAUUUAGUCUCCCUACAAAUACUGGAUCUGUCUUUUAACGCAAUAUCACAGUUAUCUGUCGAGCAAUUUUAUAAUCUGCGAAAAUUACGAUAUUUAAAAAUGGACCACAACAACCUAAGACUCCUACCAAGAGACGUAUUCAAGAACACAAUAAUAGAACACUUAGACUUAGGCUUCAAUGAGAUAUCUUUGUUUCCGGUCACAGCACUCUCUCAGAUCGGGUUCACGUUGAGACACCUCGAUUUUUCCGGUAAUCGAAUAGAAUAUUUGGACGGAAACAUAUUUCGGAACACACAGUUUCUAUCGAGCCUCAGCUUAGGAGGCAAUCUCCUAACGGUCCUAUCAGAUAACACGUUUUCCAGUCUCGGUGGCUUACGUCGUUUAGACUUAAGUUUCAACUCUAUAAAGGCAAACUUUAAGGAGCUGUUUCACAACCUUCCCAACUUAAGGCAUUUGAAUCUUGCAAACAUAAGUUUAAAGUCAGUGCCUUAUUUACCUCUAACGAACUUAACGAGUCUCAAUUUGACUUCUAAUUACAUUAACAGUUUUAAAGAGACUGAUGUCAAGCGAUUAGUGAACCUGCGACACUUAGACCUUAGCCACAACAGACUUACCUCUCUAGUGCCAAAGAUGUGGAUCCACAUGAAAAACUUAAAGAUAUUAGAUAUAUCGUUCAAUCCCGUAGUGAGGAUAACGCCAAACAGUUUCAAGGGCUUGAAUAAUUUAUCUCACUUAAACCUCAACGGUCUGAAGUACAUUGAUAUUAUUGACCCAGACUCCUUCCGUCCUUUAACGUCUCUGCGAUCCUUGCACCUCCAGACUUGGUCCGCAAUAAAUCAUGCAACUUUCCGCCUCGCGAACAUAACUUCUUCGCUCCCUUCGCUGUAUAAAUUAGUUAUACAUUGGAAAGAUAAAACAAUGAACGAGCAGCUGCAUGGAAUCGAUGCGAAAAAGAUACGAUACUUGGAAAUCAGAGGCAUCAAUUUGGAGAGGAUUUAUGAUGACGCCUUCCAGCCCUUUGCGGGCAGCCAGGAGAUAUUUAUCAAAAUAACGGAAACGUCACUGUCGAAGCUCCCUUCAGCAUUUAUGAAGCACCUCGGGCAAAUUCCUCAGCUAGGCAUCGACAUCAGUUACAAUCAAAUCGCAAGACUUAAUCCGGCUAUCUUCUACCCGAAUUUUACGAGCUGGAGUCACGUAGCGACAAAAUUGCUUUCAGGUGGUUUGAUUCUCACCGGGAACCCAUUACGUUGCGAAUGCGGCCUCGCUUGGCUCGGGGCGUGGCUGAGAAGGUGGUUGCAAGAGAAUGAAGCCGGGGCUGAACUGCGAAGAGCCGUUCACAGUGCGACCUGCACUGACCAGGCGGGGAGACAGGUACCGUUAUUGCAACUACGUGCAGACGAAGCAGAGUGCCACGCUAGUGCACUAUCGAGCGACGCUCAACCAAACUUCACUAGUCUCAUUUACAAGAUAACCUUUAGUCUAUGGAUCCUGAUUCUUAGGUGA